GCUGCCACGGAAUCCGGAAGCGCUUCCGACUCAGCGGCGGCUCCUCUCUUCAUUCAGGCUGCCGCGGUGGAAAUUCGCCUCUCUUCGGACCCUCGUCGGUAUCUGGCUAGCGAUAGAUUCGUGUUGGGCUCGGCAGACGGAGCGGAACCAUGGCAGGUCGGCUCCCGGCUUGCGUUGUUGACUGCGGCACGGGGUACACCAAGCUUGGAUAUGCAGGAAACACGGAACCGCAGUUCAUCAUCCCUUCCUGUAUCGCCAUCAAGGAGUCUGCCAAGGUCGGCGACCAGGCGCAGCGCAGGAUGAUGAAGGGCGUCGACGACCUGGACUUCUACAUCGGCGACGAAGCCAUCGACAAACCUUCGUACGCCACGAAGUGGCCCAUCCGUCACGGCAUCGUGGAGGACUGGGACCUGAUGGAGAGGUUCAUGGAGCAAGUCAUCUUCAAGUAUCUGCGGGCAGAGCCUGAAGAUCACUACUUCCUGCUGACCGAGCCUCCGCUCAACACGCCUGAAAACAGGGAGUACACCGCCGAGAUCAUGUUCGAGUCCUUCAACGUCCCGGGCCUCUACAUCGCCGUUCAGGCUGUCCUGGCGCUGGCGGCCUCCUGGACAUCCCGACAGGUCGGGGAACGGACGCUGACGGGGACCGUGAUCGACAGCGGAGACGGCGUGACGCACGUCAUCCCAGUGGCUGAAGGCUACGUCAUCGGCAGCUGCAUCAAGCACAUCCCCAUCGCUGGGCGGGACAUCACCUACUUCACCCAGCAGCUGCUGAGGGAGCGAGAGGUGGGGAUUCCUCCGGAGCAGUCGCUGGAGACAGCCAAGGCGGUGAAGGAGCGCUUCAGCUACGUCUGCCCCGAUCUCGUUAAGGAGUUCAACAAGUACGACACGGACGGCUCCAAGUGGAUCAAACAGUACACGGGCGUGAACGCCAUCUCCAAGAAGGAGUUCACCAUCGACGUGGGAUACGAGCGCUUCCUCGGCCCCGAGAUCUUCUUCCACCCAGAGUUUGCCAACCCCGACUUCACCCAGCCCAUCUCAGAAGUGGUGGAUGAAGUCAUCCAGAACUGUCCCAUCGAUGUCAGACGUCCUCUUUAUAAGAACGUGGUUCUCUCUGGAGGCUCCACCAUGUUCAGGGACUUUGGCAGACGCCUGCAGCGAGACCUGAAGAGGACCGUAGAUGCUCGGCUGAAGAUCAGCGAGGAGCUCAGCGGCGGCAAGUUAAAGCCGAAGCCCAUCGACGUGCAAGUCGUCACCCACCACAUGCAGAGGUACGCCGUGUGGUUCGGAGGAUCAAUGUUGGCAUCGACUCCGGAGUUUUACCAAGUGUGCCACACCAAGAAAGACUACGAGGAGAUCGGGCCGAGCAUCUGCCGCCACAACCCAGUAUUUGGAGUCAUGUCUUAGGCGGCUUUCAGGAGAGGCCAGAGGAAUUACAUAAGUGGUAAUAAAAUUAAAACAAAAAAAUAAAUAAAAAAACACGGAGAAAGAGCUUUUGCACGACGCACCGCCUGAUCCGAACACAGCGAGAGUGGGCCAAACGAGCCACUGGCAGAGGGAACGGAGAAGACUCAUCUGGAGGAUCCUUGUGCAAAACGAGAAAAAAAAAAAACGUACAAAAACGAAACAGUUUAAAAUAAGUAAAUCUUGACUUUCUUUGUGCCUGGUAGUCCUAUAUCCUCACAGGGUUGUAAUUAAUCGCCAUGAGUCCUGUAAAAACACCUCUGUGUAUAUGCGUUGAGUUCUUUGCUCUGUUGUUUCCUCUCGGGGUUGUCAUGGGAUCAUUCUUCAAAAACUUCAUCGCGUCAGACACCUGUAAUCAUUCCCCUUUUUUUUUAUUUGUCUUUUUAAAAAGGUUAAGAUAAUCAGCUCUAAUAAAGCAUCUUUUUUUGUA